ACCACUUGAGUAGGAUUUGCCUUGUCUUUCUCAUAUCAAAAUUUACCUUACCAAAGCCACUGAGCUUAACUUGUCUUUUCAUUCUCUCUGUUUUAAUGGCUGGAAUGCUUCCCAUCCCACCGGAUGAUCUCCGUUGCCGUAGACGUGGCGGCAAAACAUGGCGUUGCAGUGGAUGGAGAAUACACAACAAGUCCCUUUGUGAGUUUCACUUUCUUAAACGAUGCGACGUUAAGCAAGGAACAUCACAUGGCCAUGUUCAAUCAUCAGAAAGGAGGAAUGGAAAUCGGAAGUUUAAAAGAUGCCAUCAAUGUAACCGGAUUGACGAAAGAGUUGUGGAAUGCCGCAAAUGCAGACGCAAAUGCUAUUGCCUUUCAUGCAUCCAGACACGGUACUCAUCAGUGACAGAGGAAGCUAUUGCAGAGUGUUGCCCAUUUUGCAGUGGAAAUUGCAACUGCAAAGCAUGUUCAUGCCAGAAUCAAAUGGGUACUGGCAAUGUUGAAGUUGAAAUGCAAGUAAGUAGAGGGGAAGGAAAGUUUCAAUGCAAAGAGAAAUCUGAUGAUGAAGAGAACUACAAUGGAAAAACAGAUACCAGCAAUAUUGAAGUUGAAAUGCAACUGAAUGUAGAGCAAAAGUUUGAAGGCAAAGACAACAAUGAUGCUGAAAUUGAGAUGUUUGCAAGGAGGACAAAUAGCAAGCGACGGAGGAUAAGCAGCAAGCUGCCAAGGACAGACGGGCAGCAUAGUCAAGCACCAGUGAAAUCUAAUUAUUGCCACCAAUGCCACCGAAGUCAAAAGAGGGUGGUGAAUUGCCGAAGAUGCCAAUGCAAACGUUAUUGUGUCACUUGCAUCUCGAAAUGGUACCCAACUAUGUCAGAGGAUGCUAUAGAAGAGGCAUGCCCAUUUUGUCGAGGAAACUGCAAUUGCAUUGCAUGUUUGCGUGGGAAUAAAAUAGAUGCCAGAAAUGUAAAUAUGCCAACAAGUAAAGAAGAAAGGUCUCGACAUUUUAUGUAUAUGGUGGAUCUUUUAUAUCCAUUCUUCAAAAAGUUUUACCAUGAGCGAAUGAGAGAAAAAGAGAUAGAGGCCAAAAAUAGAGAAUUAAAACUGUCGGAGAUAGAAAUACAACAAUCUGUGUUUGAGAUUAAUGAGCGUGUGUAUUGCAACAAUUGUAAAACCUCCAUAGCUGACUACCACAGGAGCUGCCCAAAAUGCUCAUUUGAAUUAUGUAUUUCCUGUUGCCAAGAAAUUCGCAAUGGUUGUUUGCAAGGCGGACAUAAAAUGACCAUGAAACAUGUCGAUUGGGGGAAAGGUUAUCUACAUGGAGGCGAACCUCUCUUGCUUCCCUCGGUUAAGAAAAGUUCAUCAAGGAACCAGACUAAGUUAAUCUCGAGGAAACGUAUGAGACUAAUAGCUGAAUGGAAAGUAAAUGAAAAUGGUGACAUCCCUUGUCCGGUGGAAAAGUUAGGUGGUUGUGGAUAUGAGCGACUGGAGUUAAAAUGCUUAUUUUCAAAUAGAUUGCUGUCGAAGUUAAGGAAGAAAGUUAAAAAAUUGAUGAAAAUCCAUAAAAUGAUGGACGAAACUCAGGGUUCGAAGAAUACCAGUUCAGGCUCCAAUACAGCUGGCGAGAUUGAUUCAUGUAACAAGAAAUUAAGGAAAGCAGCUUGUCGGGAAGGUUCGGUUGCUAAUUUUCUAUACUGCCCUUCAGUUGAUGAUAUCAAUCAACAAGGUUUAGAGUGUUUUAAGUACCAUUGGGUUAAAGGAGAGCCGAUUAUUGUUACAAAUUCUUUAGAAAUGACCUCUGGCUUGAGUUGGGAGCCAAUGGUAAUGUCACGUGCUUUUUGUGCCGCAUCGCAUGCUAAAGGCUCCUCAAAUUUGGUGUUUAGAACCAUUGAUUGUCUUGAUUUGUGUGAGGUUGAAAUAAAUAUUCACCAAUUUUUCAAAGGGUAUCUGGAGGGCCGUGAGCACUCAAAUGGUUGGCCACAAAUCCUCAAGCUCAAAGAUUGGCCCCCAUCUAAGCAUUUUGAGGAGUGUUUACCACGCCACGGUGCAGAAUUUUUAAGUGCCUUGCCAUAUGCUGAAUAUACACAUCCUUACUAUGGCAUUCUCAAUAUUGCAACAAAGCUGCCUCCAGAUAUGUUGAAACCAGAUUUAGGGCCAAAAGCUUUUAUAGCAUAUGGAUUUGGUGAAGAGCUUGGACGUGGAGACUCUGUGACCAAGCUGCAUUAUGACAUGACAGAUGCGGUGAAUAUUUUGAUGCAUACUGCGGAUGUUAUUCCGAGUUCUGAACAGCUUGCUAAAAUAGAAAAUCUGAAGAAAUUGCAUGAUGCUCAAAACCAAAGAGAGUUGUUGGAACUUGAGCAUGAAAGACAACAAAAGGAAUGUCCCUCAGAAAGGUUUAGGUCUGAGUUUUUUGACCCUUUAACAAUGGAGGCUUCAGAUGGUGGUGCUCUUUGGGAUAUUUUCCGGCGGGAGGAUGUGCCAAAACUUGAGGAAUAUCUUAAGCUUCAUCACAAGGAGUUCAGGGAUGUUUAUUGUUCUCCAGUAGAACAGGUUAUGCACCCGAUUCAUGAUCAAACAUUCUACUUGACGAAGCAUCAUAAGAGAAAGCUGAAAGAGGAAUAUGGCAUAGAGCCUUGGAGUUUUGUUCAGAAAGUUGGAGAGGCAGUCCUUAUACCGGCUGGAUGUCCCCAUCAAGUGAGAAAUCUGAAGUCAUGCAUAAAAGUUGCACUAGACUUUGUAUCUCCUGAAAGUAUGAAAGAAUGCAUGCGGCUAUCUAAAGAGUUUCGCGCCCUUCCUCAUAAGCAUAAGGCUAAGCAGGAGAAACUAGAGGUGAUGAAAAUGUGUAUUUAUGGUUUAAGUAAUGCUGUGCAAGAAUUGGAGAAACUCAAUGAAUGAGUUUAGGUUAGGGAAAGGAGGAACAAGCAGAGGAAGAAGGUAUGGUAGAUUUUUUGAUAUGACAUUUGGAUUUUUAUUUACCAAAAAUUCUUGUAUUUUUUACAUGCAAUGGUGAAGGUUUAAGGCGUGUAUGAAUUCUAAUUACCCACAUGGCAUGCCUUGGAAUUAAGUUUAGUUUUUAUGAG